AUGGCCGUGAUGGAGAAGCUCAAGAUCUUCGUUGUGAAGGAGCCUGUCGUCGCGGCCUCCUGCCUCAUCGCCGGAUUCGGUCUCUUUCUUCCAGCAGUUGUCCGCCCAAUCCUGGAUUCAUGGGAGACCGCGGAAAAAGUUCCUCCACCACCUCUAAAUGAUGUGGUUGCAGGUGUCACCGGCAAGAAAAAGUAG